AUGCUCGAGGGCGGAUUCCUCUUUGGUCCUCAGCUUUACGCUUCGGAUGAGGUGUCUUCGGAAGGCGAAAAUGAGAUGAUGACAAAAAGUGACGAGGCGUCGACUGGAAUCGAAGAAGCACUCAUAAAAAAUGUUUUGAAAGGUUCUACGGUUGCUCCUCAUGAAGCUUACCAGCAAGAAAUGGCCCGCCGUGAAUGGAAUGUUCGCGAGGCUUUGCUGGGAAAAGCUCAACUUGAUGCGGCUGAAGAAAAGAUGGCUGCAGCUUUGCAAGAACUCGAAGAGAUCACUCAUCAGGCGCACAAAAUGACACGAUGCUUGCAAAUUUCGCGCAGAAGGGCUGUCGAUCAACUGCACCAUCUUGACGCCGUAUACGUUGCCGCCGAGAAGGGGCUCUUGAGUGAGAAAGACGAGUUAAUGGAACAGUUUAAAGAUACGAAUUUGGAAUGCGCACGUUCGCUUGAUGAAAUCAAUUCAACAAUUAAUCGUGUUAAUGAGAGAAUUGCCACUGGAAACUCUUUGUUUGAAACAAUGGAAAGUGUGAGGACGGCUCUUUUUGAGCUGAACUUUCGUGCCGAUAAGCUUCAUGCAAGUGCCCGUUUGACGAAGGAGAAUGAUACACUCAAGCAAAUGUUGGAUAAUGAUGUAGAAAAGCUGUUGGAAGCUCAAGCACAACUAUCUGCUACUCUUCAAGUUCCAUUCAAAACACAAUUCAACCCUACCAUUUGGAAUCGUGACAUUGUUAAAAAGAACCUUCAAAAGCUUGCCAUUUUGGGUGGUUGGGUGAAAAUGGUGGGAAGGCUGACCGAAACGUUUCCCGAAGGCGCUCUUUUUGAGGAAUUUCUCAACGAUCUUCACGGACUGCGCAGAUCGAUCCAUAAACAUGAAUUUGUGCCGAUGAUGCUUGUACGGAAGGAGGAAAUGAGCGAUUUGGAGAGUAUCGACGUCGAUCCAUCAUUUAACAAGAAAAGAAAUGAGAACAGCUUUACCCUCUUCUACGAUUUGGAUCUUCCCACUCAUCUCUCUUACUCAGCUGACUCGUUUGUGUCCGCUCCCGAACCUCUACUAAACGAAACCGGUGUGUCCGUUCAAGCUGUCUCCUCGAGUGCACGUGUUGAGAUCACCGAAAGCGAGACUCGUUCAAUGUUUGCCAACACGACCGUCACCGAUGAUAAAUCUUUUGUGAAUCCAGUUACCCAAUCUCCAUUAUGUCCAACUGCUCAAGAGAUUGCAUCAGUUAUGACGGCAAAAACGGCUGAUUCGCGUCAUGGGUUGCCUACCAAUGAAAUCGUCACUGCUGAUUGCACAACUGCCGCGGAGAUUGUGACACCAAAGUUAGCUUGUCCAAAACAGCAGAAAAAGGUAGCGCAAGACGUCGAUGAGAGACUUGUUGAACCAGAUGAGGAUUUGCUUACGGCUGUCAAACAGUUGAGUGCGGGUGCUUGCAGUUAUGAUAAUCUCGUGAUUUGCGGACGGCAGUGGGAAAGGAAUCUGAGUUGGACUUGGAUCGGACUCAAAUGGAAACGGCCGAAAUUGGGGGUGAUUGAG